CCGCCUCAUCCCGUGUCCCGACUCCCGACCGACCGUGCGGGGCCGGCCGGCCACCCGCGCCGCCUCUCUCUCUCGUCUCCGACGUUCAGUCGCACCCUCGCCUCGCGCUCGACGUGCACUCCACACGUCGGUCCAAGCGCCGGAAAAGCUUUUGUCGGCCAAGGGACACCGCCACGCUCGAAGGAAUCAGGAUAUAAAAGGACGAGAGGCACGAGAAAAUCACCAGGAUGAGGCUUCUCGCGGUCGCCGUGGGUUUCCUCCUGCAGGCGUGGAUCGUCUCCUGCGGGACGCGACCCAGCUUCGUUUCCGACCAGAUGAUCGCGACCGCGGCCAGCGUCGUGAACGCCUGCCAAACGCAAACGGGAGUAGCCACAGCCGACAUAGAAGCGGUAAGAAACGGUCAAUGGCCGGAAACACGUCAAUUGAAGUGCUAUAUGUAUUGUCUCUGGGAACAAUUCGGUCUGGUCGACGACAAGAGAGAGCUAAGUCUGAACGGUAUGCUGACGUUCUUCCAGAGAAUACCCGCCUACAGGGCUGAGGUCGAGAAGGCAAUCAGCGAGUGCAAGGGGAUCGGUAACUAUUUGGCGAAGGGCGACAACUGCGAGUACGCGUACACGUUCAACAAGUGCUACGCGGAGCUAUCCCCGAGGACUUACUAUCUGUUCUAAUGAGUCGUCGCAGGGAGGGAAUGUCGCAGACGCGAGAAGAAGACCAAAGACAAAAUGCUCAAGAUACUACGUCGCCGAAUGUGUUGAGAUUUUUACGUUUACGCCAUUUUACACUCUCAUAUUACCGUCCGCGCGCCGUAAUCGCGCGGAGUCGUGUGUACGAUGUGUCGAUGAAAAUAAAGGACUCAUCGGCGAUUUAAUCGGCGUAUCUUGCGAGAUGUCCCGUUCGCUCGAUACGCACGGAGCGCACGGGCUGAAACGUUUCUCGACGGAGACGGUAACUCUGAGGUUUCCUCUUACGAAUUCUGCACUGAGGACGAAAGUGUUCGGUAUUUAUAACUGUAAUUGCAUAGCGAGGGAAUUAUAGCCCGGCGAACCGUUUAUAUAGUAAGUGUUACUACUAUGUACCAUUUAUGUAUUGAGUGUGUCAGCGAUAAACAACCUUAUAUACGCAUAUUGCUACUGCUACUUUUGUUUGUUAGAGCAACAGGAAAAUACAGGCGAUGCCGAAGUUAACUAUAUAA